GCUGAUUAUUAACUUAUCAGUGUUGAUAUUUUGCAUUUAUAGAUUACACACAUAUUAAUAAACAGCACGGCUCUUUUAGAUUCUCUGAGAAUUUCACUGCAAGGUCCACUUAAGUGCCACGUUAAUGGGCUAAUUAGUUGAUAAUUUCUAUGGCCAACUUGAAGUGGGAACCACACCAGCCGAGAGCAGCUCAAUCAAGAUCGUGAUCAUGUUUGGUGUAAGCGGAAACUUUCCGGAGACCCAACACACCACCCCUUCGCUCCGCUGGCCAGCAAAAAAUGGGAGAACGCUUAGAUCGUAAAUCUCGAAUGGCCCAGCACUGAUUACAAACGUCGAAGUAAAUCUCUAUACUCGGGACUUGCCUACAAACCCCUCCGAGGAAUAUGCAAUUAUUAUAAUAGCUAGUCGAAGCUCCACGCUGCCAGACAUAUAGCCACUGCGAGCACAAAAUCGCUGGCUAGCGUAAAUUAUCGCGAUUAGAUUUAAGCCGACAAUCGUGGCGGGAUGGAGUCUUGGCUGAAGAUAUCGUGGGUGCUCUGCAUUUUCGGGUUCCUCCGGGAACUCCGCCCCUCGGAGCCUUACCAUGCGGAGAUCCUGAUGGGCGAGUGGUAUCACGUCACCCAGGAUGAGGUCAACCGAUCCGUCUACCCGGUGGGCACAUACGCCUACCUGGCUCUCCUAAUUUUCGUCUUCCUCAUAACGGACUUACUCAGAUACAAACCCGUGAUUAUCGCAAAUGCUAUUACGGGGAUAUGCAUCUGGGGCACUCUGAUCUGGACCAGCACUUUGAGGGGCCUGCAGGUGGUGGAGGUGUUCUAUGGCUUUUAUCAGGCGGCCGAGGUGGCCUACUACUCGUACAUCUACGCCAAGGUGGACAAACAGUACUAUCCUAGGGUGACCUCGCAUACCCGGGCGGCCAUGUUCGUGGGCAAACUGGUGGCCGGACUCCUGGCGCAGCUGGUGAUCGGAAUGCAGUGGAUGAACUACAAACAACUGUUCUACAUAUCCGUGAGCUCUCAAGUUGUGGCACUGCUUUGGGCCUUCGGCCUACCCAAAGUGGAAAAGAGUUUGUACUUCCACAACAAAACAGAAGCCAUAAAAGGUGAUACCAAACCGGAUGAUGGAGGCCUGGAAAAGGGCUCAGAUCAGGGGAAACCGGAGGAAAUUAAACCGAAAACAUCGUCCAAUCCAAGUGAGAAGAUACCCGCGUGGCAGCUUCUCUGGUCACAUUUCCGUAGUGCAUAUACCAAUACAUUAGUGGUACAAUGGAGUUUAUGGUAUGCCAUUAGCCUGGCUGGAUUUCUGCAGAUUACCACCUAUAUGCAGGUGGUGUGGAAGUCCUUCGAAAAUGAGCCAACAAUUGCUUGGAAUGGAGCGGUGGACGUUGCUCUGACCCUUCUGAGUGCUGUCUUCGCCCUUCUCGCCGGAUACUUCCAUGCUGGACGUUUGAGCACCAGGAGCAGCUUGCUCUCGAUGGCUCUUCUGUCGAUCCUUGAAGGCGGUUGUGUGCUCCUUUCCUGCUGGACAGCCAAUAUAUACCUUUCCUACCUGGGCUAUGUGCUCUACGGUGGGUUAUUUGCAUUCACCAUAACGGUGGCCAGUUCAGAAUUGGCCAGCAGCUUGCUGGAGGAUAGCUUCGCUCUGGUUUUCGGUUUCAACACGUUUGUGGGCCUCAUCCUGCAAUGUAUCCUGACAUUUGCUGUUGUCUCGGAGAAAGCCAAUCUAAAUCUGGAUGUUUUUCAGCAGUUUACAGUCUACGCCUUUUAUUUUAUUGUUAUUGGAGUAGUAUAUUUUAUAGUCGUUGCCCUACAAUAUAUAUUGUCAUGCUCAAAGAGCUCAAAACAAAUUCAAGAGGGAAACUGAACCUCUACGCUAAACAUAUUUUAAUGUUGUGAAAGUUAUUAGAUACCUUUUAAAAUCAUGAAUAAUUUAGAAGUUUUUUAAAAGAAAGUACCCUUUUUUUAUUUUCAUAUCGAAAAGGAUAUAUAUAUAUAUAUAUAUAUAAUAUUGAUCGGGUAGAGUUGCUUAAACACCUAAUAAUUAUAGUUUUUACACUGGCAAAAAAGAUAUCAAUAAAUUUAUUCGAUCUUUAUUCACAAGGGCUUUCUGACAAAAAGAUAUACAUUUGUUAAUUUUGUGUUUAAUUCCAAGUAAAAAUAUUGGCAUAUGUGCAAUUCUAUUUCGUAAACACUUUAUUUAUUAAAAUGUUUCUCUGGUCAAAAUUAAAAAGGUUUGUAACCAAACGGUUUCUUCACAAAACUGAAAGGAAAUUAAUUAUUAGAUAUGGAAACCAAUCAGAGUGUACCAUGUACAUAUUAUGGUCACAAAAAACUUAAUAACAUAAUCAAACAUGAUGUAAAAUAAAAAUAAUUAUUGACAUUUUAAA